CAACUCUCCACGCCCAGCGUAUAAAAAGACACUACUUCUGUUUUGGAAUUUAGUUUCUUAAACUUUUCAAAUCAUCUACAAGGAGAUUUAGGCCCUGCUUUAAAUAUGACUGAUUUAGAAAAUUCUCUGGCAACCAUUAUUGAUGUAUUUCACAAGUAUUCAGAAAAAGAAGGCGAUAAGCAUAAACUGAAGAAAAGUGAACUGAAAGAACUGAUCAACAAUGAACUAUCAAAUUAUGUGGGGCAAAUCAAAGACCAGGCCACGAUGGACAGUUUAAUAGAGAGUCUGGACACAGAUGGCGAUUCUGAGUGUGACUUCCAGGAAUUCAUGACCUUCAUCACCAUGGUGACCAUCUGUUGCCAUGAGUUCUUUGAGCACCAAGAAGACGAGUAGGCACCAGUACUUGCCAAAUACAAGUACAAAUCCAAGUUAACAAAAGUGAAGCAGAAUAUAUAACAAUUUACUUCUCCUAACCUUUAUGGGUUUGAGGAGUUUCUAAUAAGAUUUAAUUACAGACAAUUUUGGCAUGUGUGGUACAAUGAAUUUAUGCUUUUACCCUUUUACACAGUAUUUACUGAAGUACCUCAGUCACCUAGAAGAUGUUUACUCAGCCCUAAGUUGAAGCAUAUCUACGCCAUACCAAUGUGUAAGAAAAUGUCAUUUUAUUAGCAAUAAUCAGUGUUUGGUUGAAAUAUUCCACUCUUAUAUUAAGUUUGAGAUUAGCAGUGUGAGGUCAAAAAGAAAUUUACAAUCCCAUUUGAAUGCAUAGCUUCCCAUAUUUCUGUGUCUUUCUCUGUACAAUAAAUUAUGCUCCAAAUUUUCUUUGCCCUACAUCAUAGUAUAUUUUUCUUUAAUGAAGUGGCAAUCACAGUACCAGUGCUACCUGAAAUUAUUGCAAGACAUGGAAAAUAGAAUUCUUAAAAUCAUCACAUUGUGUCUAACAAUAUCACACACAAAGCAUUCACAUUACAUAAUUCAGUCAUAAUCUUUUCUUAAUUACAAUCUAGGAGUUGAUGUAAGGGCAGUUGCCUGUUAUGUUGCAAUGUUAUAAUGCAUGGGAACUCUUGGAAGGUAUACUUUGAUGCUAUGAAAGGUUGCUGCUAUGUAUCAUGACUGUUAAUAAAAUGUUCUGUACAAAUAUCCUCAUGGUA